CAACAAGAACGUGCUCGUUUGUUUAUAAACCAGACUGUGGGAAGACGGCUGAAACUCCAGAGGGGAUGUGCGAUUAACUUUUGAAUAAGUUUUAUCUGAAGGGUAUCGUGUCAUUGGUCUUCUCCGCCAAACCAAAAUGUACAUAUGUGUCCGAAUAUGGCUUCUGCUCCUGGUUUUUCACACACUAGCUGUUGCUGUUGUGGCAAGACGAGGGAGGAGAAAUGUCGUUUUCAUCAUGGCAGAUGAUAUGCGGACAUCAUUAGGCUGCUAUGGGGACUCUGUGGUAAAAUCACCAAACAUUGACCAACUGGCAUCCAAAAGCCAAGUUUUUCUCAAUGCAUAUGCGCAGCAAGCUGUGUGUGCUCCCAGUCGUACGUCCAUGUUAACUAGUCGUAGACCAGACACGACCAGGCUCUAUGACUUCAACUCCUACUGGAGAGUCCAUUCUGGAAACUACACAACCCUACCCCAGUACUUUAAAUCUAGAGGGUACUUAACCUUAUCUGUGGGCAAGGUAUUUCAUCCAGGUAUUGCCUCUAACUACACUGAUGACUACCCCUACAGCUGGUCCAUCCCUGCCUACCACCCUGCUUCGUUUAGAUAUGAGAAAGAAAAGAUGUGUAAAGGAGACGAUGGCAAACUCCACGCAAACUUACUAUGUGCAGUGAACGUCACACAGCAGCCUGGGGGAACCCUCCCUGACCUGGAGAGCACAGACGAGGCAGUGAGGCUACUGAAGAGUCGGGCCAACGGUGACGUUCCUUUCUUCUUGGCUGUGGGCUUUCACAAACCGCACAUACCCUUCAGGAUACCACAGGAGUACCUGAGUCUAUAUCCCAUAGACCAAAUGACUCUGGCCCCUGACCCCAAUGUCUCUAAACUCCUUCCACCUGUGGCCUACAACCCCUGGAUGGACGUGAGGAGGAGAGACGAUGUCCAAAAGCUCAAUAUUAGCUUCCCCUAUGGACCAAUUCCUAAAGACUUUCAGCUGCGUAUCCGGCAGCACUAUUACGCUGCUGUGUCUUACAUGGACGCUCAAGUUGGGCGGCUGCUCGGAAGUCUUGAUGAGCUGGGGCUGUCUAACAGCACUAUGGUGGUGUUCACCUCAGAUCACGGUUGGUCGUUAGGAGAACACGGCGAAUGGGCUAAAUAUUCAAAUUUUGAUGUGACGACACGUGUCCCUCUUAUCUUCUAUGUUCCUGGAGUCACCACAUGCCAUAAUUGGCGAGAAGAGUCUACCUUUCCCUUUAUUGAUGCCCUCACCCAACCGGAGCGCAUCUUUAAAAAUGACAACGUUAUAAGAAACGUGGUGGAGCUGGUGGAUGUUUUUCCUACCGUCUCUUACAUGGCUGGACUCAAAGCACCUGAACCUUGUCCUGAUGUUUCUUUCCAGGAGGAGUUGUGUACAGAAGGAGACAACCUGGCCCACACCUUCCGACACAGAGAAAGGGGAGAGGAUGAGGAAGCCAUAUCUUUUAGCCAGUACCCUCGACCUGCUGAUACACCUCAGGUGAACUCUGACCUCCCUGACCUUAAAGACAUAAAGAUCAUGGGUUACUCUCUACGUUCCUGGGACUAUAGAUACACUCUCUGGCUGGGAUUCAACCCAAAAACAUAUCAGGUGAAUGUUUCGGAUGUCCAUGCAGGAGAGUUGUACAUGUUAGCGGACGACCCCGGUCAGGAUAAGAACGUCUAUAGUGACUCUGACCACGGGGUGAUGAUGAGAAAGAUGGCCAAUCUGCCUCGUACUGUGAGUCUGCAGAUGAGAAUGAAGCUGCAGCUCCUCUACCUCUCAGCAGGGAGGAAAAGGAAGGCGUGAUGACGAGAAUAAAACACAACAGAUGGACCGAUGGAGAGGAGUACAAAGGGAAGAUGGAUGGAUGACAAGCUAACAAGAGGGGAAUGCCUUGCAUAUUUAUUUUCAACAUGAUGCAGACUUGAUUUAGUAUUAUGUGGUAUCACUAUCGAUCUUUAAGGCUCAGUUCUCCAGGCUAAUGUUCCUUGUUAAGACCUAAUUGUCAGGCAGAACUGGGUGUUCUUUUACAGAGAAACAUCCAUAAGUACACAGACACUUCUGAUUGGUUUGUCUUCCUGCUGCUAAACACAAGUUCCAGUGUUUUCAUUGUCUGCCUCUUCACACCUGCUAAUGAUGUCUUUAUAAUCUGGAUGACUCACUUGUGAGAAGGAAGUGUCAUUCUAAGUUUACAUGACUCCAAUUUGAGCAGCUAGAUUUCUGAUUAUCUACAGUGAUGAAAACGUUUUUUUGAAAUUAGCUUAUUCGCUUCUUUUAGAGAGUUGGUUGAGAAGCUCUAGCUAACAGGCGAGCUUAGCGUAAAGACUGGAAGCAGGGAACACGGAUAACCUGGCACUUUAAAGCACAUUUAUCAACAGGUUUUAUAUUUUAUAAAAUAAAUGUAAAAAUGACACGUUUCAGUUCUAGCACUGCCUAGCAUAAAGCCGCACCUUGUUGUUUUUACAUUUUUCUUUGUGAACGGACAUAUCAAUGGAGACUCGACUUGUUAAUCAGCAAAAUGUUGGUUGUGGUUGGUGUUCAGCUUCCAGUCUUUAUGCUAAGCUAAGCUAACUGGCACCUGGCUCAUGUUGAGCGUACAGACAUUCGGCGUUUAGGUCUAAAGUAAAUCAAGUAGCAUAUUUCCAAAAAUGUUGAACUAUUCCUUUAACACGGACAUCUGAGCAGCUGAACCAGGCGAGCUUUAUUAUUUUCAGACCACUUCACCUGGAAGCAUGAACUAGUGACGGACACAUCUGAUGGGCAAUGAUUACAUCACGUUUUACAAGCUUUUAUCUGCAAAGUCUUUUCAUCUGAAGGAAUAUUGAGGAAACCUGAAGAAUUAGCCCCUUUUUGAUUAAUAGCGACACCAGUCUCUGUUUUCCGAGUGUUCUAUUGAUCAUCCCGUCUGCCUCCGGUGUCGUCUCUUCACUUUGAAGUGCAACAGCUAAAAGGGACUUGCACGGUUUUGUACUGUAGUGUUAAACUAUAUGACAUUUCUAUUUGCACUUGAUGUCACUCGCAGCUAUUUGCUUCCCUCCUCGUAAACAGUCAGUUCAGAUCAAUUUGUGGACCCAAAAUGAAGUUAGUAAAUGCCACCUAUAAUUCAAUGCAAAUGAAACGGACUGGAGCUACAUGUUACUGCAGUUCCAAAGCAUGAGCAUUUUGCGCUGUGGUAAUUUUAGAAGAAAGCAAUUUCAGCUUGAAUUUCAGGUCCAAUAACGAGGGGAUUCGGUCUGUCAAUUGUUACUGUAGGCUGCACUGGUUAAUAAGAUGCAGAUGAAUCAUGUAAUCAGUGUGGUUCUGUCAGGUGAAUUCUUGACGUGGAAAUGCAUUGGCUAGUUCUUUUGUAUUUCUUCCCCUGUUGAUCUCAUUACAUUUGUGACACUUUACAUAGUUCUUUCAGUGGUUUGCUGCUGCACAUGCGUCCUGUAACGAUGGAUAUAACCAGUACUGAACUGUCCAUAUGGGGGAAAAAUGAGCUUAUCCUUGAUUUCUGUUGCGUCAGAGCAGCGUCGAGCCUGAGCUCCAGCUUUCUGAAGGGAAAAUCUAAAAUAAAUGCUGCAGAAAUAAUUCAAAUCCCAAGCUUGGCAAGGACAUGCUGUUAAUAUAUUUAUGUCUGAUUCGAUUAGUUUGUUAAAAAUUAAAAAUAUGUUUGCUGCAAAA